ACUUGGCCCUCUGCCUUUGCACAGCUGCUCGCAGCGCCAGCACGUCCUUUCUUUAUUCCCUCCGCCGUGCUGGCCUCGGUAAUCUCGCUUCGAAGAUACCCUUUCCAGUAUAUCUUGCGCCAUGUCUGUCUUCAAUCGGUCUACAAAUCCUCCAGAUCCUGAUAGCGAAGACGACACAAUAGACCCUGAGCUUCGUCUCAGGACCGUUAGGACAGCAGCUUCAGCUAUUGCAGAGUCUAUUCGGUCGGAACAGAGAGCAGAACGCCGCAAGACCAAGAAGAGAAGGCGUUUUUUUAGCAGACAUUCUGACAAGAAACGAGCUGAACCGACCCCGGAUUCCCCGCCUUCGAAAGAAGUCCCUGGUCAAAGGCGGAAUGUAUAUGUGAACCAUCCUUUAGCCCAUCUUGAGGUCGACAAUAAAGGGGAGCCGAUAGCACGAUACAGUCGUAAUAAAGUACGGACGACUAAAUAUACAUUCCUCACCUUCAUACCCAAGAAUAUCUACGAGCAAUUCCGAAGGGUUGCCAACUUAUUCUUCCUCACUCUUGUCAUUCUUCAGCUCUUUCCCGUGUUCGGUGCCGCCAGUGGUCCUAUUGCGGUCUUGCCUCUAUCGUUCAUUAUAGCAGUCACCGCACUCAAGGAUGCCAUCGAAGAUUACCGCCGGGCUACACUCGAUGACCAGGUCAAUAAUUCCGCCGUUACCCGUCUCGGAGGUUCUUUCCGUAACGUCAACCAACCCACCGACCCGCGUUCGUGGUGGGAAAAAAUCACCGGCGUCGCGCAUCCCCAGAAAGUCACGAAAGGCGUUCGCAGAUUGAGGGAUCUGGAAGCGGGAGUCGCCGGCCACGGAAUGCGAGUCAUGCUUAAUCGAGGGAAUUCUUCUCAGAGCGUUCUUACCGACACGCAAACUUCGAGCACCUUCGAAUUGAAUCUUGGCGCAGGUGGAAGACGACUGGACGACAUCCACAGUAUCGAUUCACACAACUACCCCCCUAGCGAUCUUUCGAGACCUUCUCUCUCUGAAGGUGCUAAAGGGAACAGUCGCUCCAAUGAGUGGGGUCAAUACGAUCCUGUGUCUAGUCUACACCAUCCUGACCAAUCACGUCCGAAUCUCACCGGUGUUGUCGACCCACGAAAGCGCGUCAAUGGGACUAUGGUAUGGGAGCGGACGCUCUGGAAGAAGCUCGAUGUCGGAGACAUUGUUCUUCUCGCCGAUAAUGAGCAGGUUCCUGCUGAUAUCGUAGUCCUUGCAACGUCAGAUCCUGAUGGGAUGUGUUACUUGGAAACGAAGAAUCUGGAUGGCGAGACGAAUCUCAAGCCUCGGAAAGCCAUCAAGAGCACUAUGAAUCUUGCUUCUGAAGACGAUAUUGAACGCUCCUCUUUCGUUCUCGACUCCGAGCCCCCCCAUCAGAACCUCUACCUUUAUCACGGGAUUUUACGCUACAAGGACCUCGCCACAGGAGAGCGAAAACAGGACCCAGUCACGAUUAACGAGUUCCUUCUUCGUGGAUGUGCAUUACGCAACACCGAGUGGGUAAUUGGGCUAGUGGUUUUCACAGGAGCGGACACGAAAAUCAUGCUCAACGGAGGGGACACGCCUUCGAAGCGGAGCAAGAUUGAGAAGGAAACCAACUUCAAUGUUAUCGUCAACUUUGUGAUCCUCGUCGUCAUGUGUGUUCUUGCAGCCAUUGUAAACGGCAUCCAAGAAGCCGAUACCGGAACUAGCGCUUUCUUUUUCGAAAGCGGUUCUGAUGCAACGGACAGUCACAUUCUCAAUGCUAUGAUCACCUUUGUAUCGUGUUUAAUUGCCUUCCAGAACAUUGUUCCCAUCUCCCUUUACAUUUCGAUCGAAAUCGUCAAGACCAUUCAGGCGUAUUUCAUCUCGCAAGAUAUUGAUGUGUAUUACGAAGCUCUAGACGCUCCGUGUGUUCCGAAGACGUGGAAUAUAUCGGAUGACCUUGGUCAAAUCGAAUACAUAUUUUCUGAUAAAACGGGUACCCUCACACAGAACGUCAUGGAGUUUCAAAAGUGCUCGAUCAACGGCGUGCCAUACGGGGAAGGUGUUACUGAAGCUCAACGAGGCGCAGCCAAACAUGCAGGAACCACCUCAGAGCUGAAGGAUCCGGUGGAACUUAACGAGAAGCUGGCGUCCUUGAAACAACAAAUGAUUGGAAUCAUGGAGCGAACGUUCAAGAAUCGAUAUCUACAGCCAGACAACUUAACUCUGAUCUCACCUCGACUAGCAGAGGAUCUAGUUGACAAGCGGGGCGAGCAGCGGGGUAGAAUCAUAGCUUUCUUCAGAGCACUGGCUAUCUGUCACACAGUUUUGUCUGACAGAGUUGACCCCCAACAUCCUCAUUUUUUGGAGUACAAGGCUGAAUCUCCGGACGAGGCAGCGCUAGUGGCUGCGGCGAGAGACGUUGGGUUCACUUUCGUAAAUAAAGGCAAAGAUGGCGUCGAGAUCGAAGUUAUGGGGCAGAAGGAGCGCUACGAAGUACUUAAAGUUCUCGAGUUUAACUCGACUCGAAAAAGAAUGAGCGUCGUGGUCCGGCGGCCAGACGGGAAGCUAAUACUUUACACCAAGGGCGCAGAUACCGUCAUCUACCAGAGGCUGGCGAAAGAUCAUGACCAGCAGUUGAAAGAGAGAACGAACAAGGACAUGGAAACCUUUGCGAACGGAGGUUUGCGGACGCUCUGCAUCGCUUAUCGGUACUUGGACGAGGACGAAUACAUGAAAUGGUCAAGAAGUUAUGACAAUGCGGUCAACGCAAUCGAAAAUCGAGACGAGGAAAUUGACAAUGCCAAUGAGUUGAUCGAGCAUUCGCUUCAGAUUCUUGGUGCAACGGCCCUCGAAGAUAAGUUGCAAGAGGGUGUGCCGGAGGCCAUCGAAACCCUACACAAGGCGGGAAUCAAGCUGUGGAUUCUGACAGGCGAUAAAUUGCAGACCGCAAUUGAGAUUGGCUACAGUUGCAAUCUCCUCAAGAACGACAUGGAUCUCAUGAUCCUUUCUGCGGAUUCAUCGGAGCAGGUACGCUCUCAAAUCGAAGCAGGGUUGAACAAGAUCGCGUCUGUCCUUGGGGCCCCAAAAUGGGACGUACGCAACAGGGGUUUCGUUCCCGGCGCUCAAGCCUCAUUCGCUGUAGUUAUUGAUGGGGAUACUUUGCGUCACGCGCUUUCUCCUGAGUUGAAGCCUCUUUUCCUGAACUUGGGGACGCAAUGCGAGACUGUAAUCUGUUGUCGUGUUUCUCCCGCACAAAAGGCCCUCACCGUGAAGCUCGUCAAGGAGGGACGGGAUGCCAUGACCCUAUCAAUAGGGGACGGUGCCAAUGAUGUUGCAAUGAUUCAAGAAGCCAAUAUUGGCUGUGGACUCCUCGGUUUAGAAGGCUCUCAAGCUGCGAUGUCUGCCGAUUACGCGUUUGGUCAAUUCCGUUUUUUGACGAAGCUUCUUCUCGUCCAUGGUCGUUGGUCGUAUCAACGCAUCGCCGAUAUGCAUAGCAACUUCUUCUACAAAAAUGUUAUCUGGACCUUGGCCAUGUUCUGGUAUCUACCCUUCAACAACUUUGACGCAACUUAUCUAUAUCAAUAUACGUUCAUCUUGUUAUACAACCUUGUAUUCACAUCGUUGCCCGUCAUCGUUAUGGGAGCGUUCGAUCAAGAUAUCAAUGCAAAAGCGGCGCUUGCCUUCCCCCAGCUCUACAUUCGAGGCAUUCGAGGCCUUGAGUACACUCGUAUGAAAUUCUGGAUCUACAUGGGCGACGGGCUUUAUCAGUCGGUCGUGGUAUUCUUCAUACCCUACCUUGUUUGGACCCUCAGCUUGACAGUUUCGUGGAAUGGUAAAGGAUUGGAGGCAUUGUCCGAGUUCGGAACGACCGUUUCCGUGGCUGCAAUAUUCGCUGCGAACACGUUCGUUGGUAUGAAUACCAAUUACUGGACCAUAAUAACCUGGCUUGUGGUUUUUGGCUCGACAAUAGUUAUGCUAUUGUGGAUCGUCGUGUACUCGUUUUUUUUCAGUGCCGACUUUAUCGACGAAGUCACCAUUCUUUUCGGCGAGCUGACUUUCUGGACAACUAUUGUCUUCGCAGUAAUCGUCGCACUCGCGCCUCGGCUCAUUUGCAAGGCCAUUUCCACAGCCUACUUUCCCUUAGAUAAAGAAAUUAUCAGGGAAAUGUGGGUCCGAGGUGAUCUCAAGGAUCGGCUUGGAAUCAAACAUCGCAAGGGCAAAAAUGUCCGGAAAGAAAUCAAAAGUAGUGGCGGUUUGGAAGCAACUCCUAUGUUCCACCAGCGUUCUGGGUCAGAGGUGUCGAUCAAUAAUGUGUACGAACCAACACGGACUAAUUCCAAACCCGCUCCGGUGGCCAUCAUAGACCCCUCUCAACCCCAUCUACAAGGACCUGGCCAGCACGUUGCCGACCCUCCCACGCAAGCUGGGUUCAAUCCUCAAUCUCUAUCCCCGUCACCGCGGCCAACUUCUCCCUACCGCACAUCGUAUUAUUCAGCAGCCGAUAUACCCCCUCCCUCACCACUGCCUUCCCCCAAGUAUCGCUACGCCGAUGGAACCAUUACGAAUACUCCUCCCCCUCCCAGUCGACGCGGAAGCGUGGCAACUACAUCGAUACCCUCUUCGCCUACUCAAUCCAUGCCGGCUCUACCUCUGCUACACCGCAAUCUUCAAGCACCUCUCCCUGCUGGUUUUACGAAACGUAUGAGCGGUUCCCAAUCUGACAACCAUGACCCCGGCUCGUACGAAAUGUGUUUACGGACUCCAGGUCACGGCGAACGAUCGGCAAGUGCAGCCAGUGCAGCCACCUUCGCCACCGCUCAUGAGGACAUCUGGGAUCUCCAAUCCAAUGCACACCAAUUACAUCCUACACAAGGCUCUCAGGGAUAUUAUCCCGACGACGAUCAAUCUCGUUAUUCUCAUAUUGACAAUAAACGGACUAGCGCAACGUCUUGGCAAGGAGGGAGAGCUAUCUAAAUUGCACGGUACUAGACGCCUUUUCCCUCUUCUUACUUACUUACUUUUAGUACAUACUUAUCAGUGCCACCUCAACUUGUCUUUCAUUCCUUAGCACAUCCUACUUCGUUCUCGACCCGAUCUGUCGUGCCUCACUUGAUAAUACAUAACCAAUUAUACCAUAUAUAUAUAUAUAGGGAUCUAAGGGCAUCUGUAACUUAUUGAAUAGCCAGCAAUGUUAUAUAGUUAUGAACUACCAUGAAUCAAUGACAUGGCC